AUUUUGAGACGAACGCCACAUUUUUUUCCUCCCUCUUCUCCUCAAACGACGACCGCCAUUGUUUGAAAAGAUGAACGACCAGCUUUGCAAGCUUUUCGUCGGCGGCCUGAACGUGGACACCGACGAUGACGGCCUGCGCAAGCACUUCGAGCAGUACGGCUCCCUGACCGACUGCGUGGUGGUCGUGAACAAGCAGCUGCAGCGCUCCCGCUGCUUCGGCUUUGUCACCUACUCCACGCCGGAGGAGGCCGACGCCGCCAUGGCCGCCAGGCCGCACACCGUCGACGGCAACGCGGUCGAGGUGAAGCGCGCCGUGGCCCGGGAAGACGCCAAUAAACCCGAAGCUUUGGCUAAGGUUAAAAAGAUCUUCGUUGGCGGUUUGAAAGAUGAUAUCGAAGAAGAACACCUCACUGAUUACUUCUCCCAGUACGGCCAGGUGGAGAAAUCCGAGGUCAUUUCCGAGAAGGAGACGGGGAAGAAACGUGGUUUCGGCUUCGUCUACUUCACCGACCACGACGCCGCGGAUAAAGCCGUGGUGGUGAAAUUCCACACGGUGAACGGACACAAGGUGGAGGUGAAAAAGGCGCUGACCCGGCAGGAGAUGCAGGCGGCCAGCAGGAACCAGAUGGCGCCCAGAGGGAGGCCGAGCCGCGGCGGCAUGAGGGGCGGGCAGAACGGCUACGGCGGCCGGGAUUACGGCGGCGGCAACUACGGCAGCUACGGCAACGGAGGAGGCGGUGGCGGCGGCGGAGGAUACGGGGGUUACGGGGGCGGCUAUGGAGGCGGCCCCUACGGAGGGGGUGGCGGAUACCAGGACCAGAGCGGCGGAUAUGGAGGAGGAGGAAACGGAUACAAUGAUUUCGGCAGCGGCUACGGCCAGCACUCGUCUGGUUACGGCCCCAUGAAGGGGGGGCCGUUCGGCGGGCAGCGCAGCGCGGCUCCCUACAGCCGGGGAGGCGGCGGCGGAGGCGGGUACCCCCGGGGGGGGUACGGGGGUGAACUGGUGGAUGUGCCCAUUUCUUGUAACCACAUCAGCAGCAGAAAAACGCAUCACUCGCGUCAUUUGUGGGCAGCCACUCGGAUUCAAUUCGACCAAUCAGAGCGCGCCACGUAUUACGAAACCGGGCGCGUUUUAAAGGGCCACGCCCCGACGUCGUUCAUUGAAGAAGGAGAGAGGGAAGGUCUCAACUUCGCGUCCUUUCUCUCUGGAAGAAUCUCAGUCAUGACUGUGAAGCUCUGCAAGCUUUUUGUCGGCGGGCUGAACGUGGAGACCUCGGACGAUGGCCUCCGCAAGUACUUCGAGCAGUACGGCUCCCUGACCGACUGCGUGGUGGUGAUGAACCAGCAGCUCGGCCGGUCGCGCUGCUUCGGCUUCAUCACCUACUCCACGCCGGAGGAGGCCGACGCGGCAAUGGCGGCCAAGCCACAUGUCGUCGAGGGCAACAACGUGGAGCUGAAGCGCGCCAUCCCGCGGGAGGACGCCAACAACCCGGACAUCCUGGCCAACGUGAAGAAGAUCUUCGUCGGCGGCGUGAAGGACCACGUCGAGGCGGAGAACCUGACCGAGUAUUUCUCCCAAUUCGGCACAGUGGAGAAGGCCGAGAUCAUCUCCGACAAGCAGACCGGCCGCAAACGCGGCUUCGGCUUCGUCUUCUUCGAGGACACCGACUCCGCCACCAAGGCCGCCCUGACUAAAUACCACACCAUAAACGGCAACAAAGUGGAGGUGAAGAAGGCGCUUACUAAGCAGGAGAUGUCCGCUGGCGGCGGCGGCGGUGGUGGUGGAGGAAGAGGCGGCAGAGGACGCGGAGGGAGAGGCAUGCAGAGCUACGGUGGCGGGAGAGGCGGCGGCGGUUACGCGGGAAACUACGACAAUUACGCGGGAAGCUACGACGGCUACGCGGGAAACUACGGCUACGGAUACAACGGGGGAUACGAAGACUACGACGGCCAGAUGGGGGGCGGAUAUGGCGGAAAUAGUGACUUUGGGGACGAGUAUGGACAGCAGCAGUCAAGCUACGGCGCCAUGAAGGGAGGGAACUACUCGUACAGGAGCGGAGCUCCGUACAGGGGCGGGGGUGGAGGGGGGUACGGCCGGGGAGGGGGCGGCUACAGCGGGGGGUACUAGUGCUGCUGCAGGGGGGUAAUAAUAACGGUAUUCAUGUGGGGAAAAAUUGGAAACACGAACUUUGAAUUUACAUACAGGCCCUAGGGGGGGUGUUGAACGCUGAUGAAUGAAUGAAACUGACUUGUAUGUGCCGGGCUCCUCCUCCUCGUUUCCACAAUUUUUGGACUACUGAAGCCUAAAUUAUGGUUCCGCGUUAAAUCGACGCAGCAUCGAUUUAACGCGGAACCAUAAAUCAGGCUUUAUACGAAUUGUGAAUUUAUUGAAUUGUAUUUUUUUGUUAUGUUGGAAGAUACUUGUUUUUUUGAAAAACCAUUUGUACCAAGCGUAAAUCUGUCACGUCCGCUGCUUCGCAACUCUUUAAAAAGAAAUAAUUCAAGUCUUGUUUUGUCUUGCAAACCCAGUCAGGUGUCUGUUUUUUGCAUCAUGAACUCAGGGUUUUAAAUGAAGUUGGUGGCAGCAAGUGUCGGUCAGCGCGGACUCUGGUUGCUUGAGUUUCUUGAUCUUAAAGCAUUUUCAUAAAGUACCACGGUUCCCCCCACAAACACUUCACCGUCCUUUAAUUUUCUUUUUUGUCUAGAUUAAAACCCGUCUUAAGUGAUGUACGUUCAACCCUGUGUUUUAUUCUGCUUUUAUUAAAGUUUUUAAUGUUUCUCACA